AUGCAAGCCGCUGUAUUAAACAGAUUUAAAGAACUGCUUGAAAUUCAACACGUAGAAGUACCAAUACCAGGACCCGAUGAUGUUUUAGUUAGAAUGAUUGCUUGUGGUGUCUGUCAUACAGAUUUGCACUUUAUUCGUGGAGACUGGGAAAUAUUUCAACAAUAUUUACCACGUAUACCUGGUCACGAAGGGAUUGGCGAAGUGAUUGAAUUAGGCUCGAAUGCAGGUGAUGAUUUGGAAAAAGGAGAUGUUAUCGGUAUUCCAUGGGUGCAUGAAACAUGUCUUCAAUGUGAAUACUGUUUAUCGGGCCGAGAAGAAUUCUGUAUGAAAUUAGUUCGAUCCGGUGUGACUGUUCACGGAUGUUUUGCUGAAUAUGUUUUAAUGAAUACAAAAUUUGCUGUUAAACUGCCACAAGGCAUGGAUCCAUAUACAUCUGCGCCGAUUUAUUGUGCUGGCGUAACGAUGUACAAGGCUUUGAAAAGUUCAAGAGUGAAAGCAGGAGAAUGGAUAUCAAUUGUUGGUGUCGGCGGACUUGGAUCAAUGGGUAUUCAAUAUGCCAUCGCAAUGGGUAUGAAAGUUUUGGCAGUUGUAGAACCCGGUGAUAAGAAUAGUACGAAUCUAGCGAAAAAAUUAGGAGCAGAAGACGUUUAUGAUGGUCCAGUAGACAAACAUGCCGAAUGGAUUCGUAAUAGAGUGGGCGGUGUUGAAGCAUCGUUCGUGACUGUACCUCUAAUUACUGCGUUUGAACAAGCGUUUGAAUCAGUAAAACGAUGUGGCCGUGUCGUAGGUGUAGGUAUGCCAAAGGGUAAUAUGUCCAUACCAAUAACUCGAUGGGUGACCAGUGGAAUUGAACUAAUUGGCUCUACACUCGGUUCGCGAAAGGAUUUACAAGAAGCAUUAGAUUUUGCAAAACUUCAUCAAAUCGGAUGCAAAGUGGAAAAACGCAAGUUAAAAGAUAUCAAUCAAAUUUUUGAUGAUAUGUCAAACGGUAAAAUCAAUGGUAGAAUUGUUAUUGAUUUCGCCACAGUAUAA